AUGUCAUAGUAAGCUUAAGAAGGAAUGGGUAUUGAAUAUUUAUUUGGAUAUGUUGGAGUAGCUAGUGCAUUAGUUUUUGCAAAUAUUGGUGCGGCAUAUGGAACAGCAAAAUCUGGAGUAGGAAUAUCAUAUAUGGGAAUAUCAAAACCUGAAUUAAUUAUGAAAUCAAUUAUACCUGUUGUUAUGGCUGGUAUUUUGGGUAUUUAUGGUAUGAUUGUAGCUGUUAUUCUUGUUUAAAAAAUUAACAAAAAAGUUUAUUCAUCUUACGAAUGUUUUUCUCAUUUAGCUGCUGGGUUAUGUUGUGGUAUUUCUUCGCUUGCAGCUGGUUUGGCUAUUGGUGUUGUUGGCGAUGCAGGCGUUAGAGCAAUUUUGGAUUUAAAGAAGUUGAUUUUCGGAAAGUUCUGUUGA